CAUAGCAACCAUUGUUUUAGGGCCAUCCAAUCAUUCCAGUUCAGUGCGCGAAAAGCAGGAAGCUUUUGCUCUUCCCAAAAAUAGGGCGCGAAAAAUAGAAAGAUGGCAAUUUCGUGCUUGAAGAACGCCAACUCCAACUCAGCCGAGAACACGUUCCUCUACACGCCGUGUCACUGUCCGGCGGAAAAGCUACUGCGCCAGCAGCAGGUCCGCUGUGAGAAGCCUCGUAUGCCCCACCGGGUGUCGCGAAGAACGCAAUACCUGGCCAAACCUCGUAAUGCGCGCGGUAGGUACGAAAUAAGGGCCGUGAACCGUAGCACCAAGCAGACGGAGCUGUGUCGCUCGUACAAGGAACCGUACGCCUCGAAACGCAUCCAGCAGCUGGCAUUGCCGCACGUGCGGAAGCUGGUGGUCGCUCAGCAGGAGUACCGUCGCUUUAUCGCCCGCCGCCAGCAGGACCAGCUCGAGAAGCGCAUCAAGAAGAGCAUCUUUACCGUGUACAGUCGGCUGGCGAACGUGCAGCUGCCGGCGGUCGACAAGCUGAAGGGCAUGUCAGCGGACGAGUGGCAAAAGCAUCAGGACUGGCUGGUACGCAACGCCCAACCGAAGCAGGCUCCCGCGCCCGAACCACCGAAGCGCGAGCGGAAACCGUUGGCCGCCUUGAUCGGGCGUAUCGAUAGCUUGUCGGAACCACGGUUCGCUCGCAAGAAAUUUGCCGGUCAGGAAAAGCCUGGACCGGCCGCCAAACCGGGCGCUCUGAAAGCGAUGGCAUCUGAUCACGUGACCAAGCUUGCGGAACCGCUUGAGCGUCGCAAGCGAGCGAAGGGUGUUCCAGUGGAGGAUACACGGUUGCCGGAAAACGUGCUCAAAGCGGUUGCCUCGAGCCGAGUGGCAGAGUUGGCCGUUGCAAAGUCGUAUCGGAAUGUGAACAACGAGUACCGCGAUAAACCGUUCACGGUGGAACCGAAUGCGCUGAAGGCGAAGCCGAGCGACCGCAUCCUGGAGCUGGCGAAACCGAAGAAGGUGAAAAAGUAGGGAUUUUUUGGCUGCUUCCAGUACUGUUUCAAAAGUUUCGAGCAUUCGAACAAGCUAAAUAGGCAAAAUUAUUUAUUGUGAAGCAAAAUUUUACGGCACAUGAGGGCAUCGUUCUUACGUUUCUAACAGAAAUGAAGCAAUAAGAGUUGUUGAGAAGUUGCUUUACCAACCGGUA